CUUUGAUCGGACUCUUCGCCGCCAAAUCCCACACACUCCGGCGGCCUCGGCGGACCACUUGCGCAGUCGAAAAAAGUUGCCCGCUUUUUUUUUUUUAUCGGCGAACCCCAACUUUCCUCGGCCAGACCUUCAACUCACCCUCACGAAAUAAAGAUGCUGCGCCGUCAAGCCCGUGAACGUCGAGAUUAUCUCUAUCGGAGAGCUCUGCUUCUCCGCGAUGCCUCUAUCGCCGAGAAAAGAGCCCAGCUGAAGGCGUCGCUGGCCUCCGGAAAACCGCUUGAUCCCUCUAUCGCAGACGAUAAACAACUACGUGAAGAUUUCAAGUACGACGAAUCGUUAAACCCCGAAGAUAGGAAAAACAAGGAGUCCGACCUGUUGGAUCUUGACGAUGAAUACGCCCUCACCUCCGGAAUUGUCGAUCCUCGCCCUAUUGUCACCACCUCUCGCUCUCCUUCCGUUCGUCUGGGAGCAUUUGCUAAGGAAAUCCGAUUGCUUCUUCCAACUUCCAUUCGACUGAACCGUGGAAAUCUCGUUCUCCCCGACCUCAUGUCCAGCGCAAAUGCGGCGGCGCUGACCGACAUGAUCCUUCUCCAUGAGCAUCGUGGAACUCCUACGGCCAUGACCAUCUCGCAUCUUCCUCAUGGUCCGACUGCCAGUUUCUCAUUGCACAAUGUCGUCCUCCGUGCCGAUAUCCCCAACUCCGCCCGCGGAACCGUCUCGGAAAGUUACCCUCAUCUGGUCUUCGAAGGCUUCAAAACGCGAUUGGGUGCUCGUGUUGUUCAAAUCCUCAAACACCUCUUCCCUCCCCGCGAGGCCGGAAAGGUUGGCAACCGCGUUGUCAGCUUCGUGAACAAGGAAGACAGCAUCGAGGUGCGACACCACGUUUUCGUCAAGACCGGGUAUCGGGACGUUGAAUUGGCGGAAGUCGGGCCGCGAAUGACAAUGAGACUCUUCGAGAUUCGGGGAGGAUCGCUAGAGAAGGGCUCUAGCGGCGAUGUUGAGUGGGCCCUUACGCAAUACACUCGGACCAGCAAGAAGAAGGAUUACCUUUAAAUGGUUCUGCAUCCGGGCAACUGUCUCCACGACAUGGCGACAGUGUGUAAGAUAUCUUACGAAGGCAAAAGCAACAAGUUUCUGGGCGCAUGAGGUGUUAUGUGGUGAUAUAAAAGGCUAGCAUUUGGCAGUUCGUUCCUGUUCAUAUUAUACUAUACCCAUAUGGAAGAAAUGGAAC